GGCGUCAAAAUUGGAAACGUUCAGUGCAUUUUCGGGCCCCAUGCGGCCGCACGACGCCGACGACAACACAGGAAGGAAAAGAAAAAGAGAAAACGAUCGAACAACUCGCAAGAGAAGGAAAUAUUCCGGUUUCUGGCUGAAGUGAACGUCUUGUCAUCAGAUGAUGGACCUCUGCAUUGGCUGGCGGUGUUUCCCUCACUCGUUCCAAUUACCGUUUUGCUGUCCAAAGAUACUGCAGAGAAUUGUAAGGCUUUUCGUCUGUUUGCUCGCAGUACUAUAGGGAAGGUUUCCUUUGAAACAAGAAUCUUCGUGCCUGGAACAGUUCUAAAGAAGACUUCAGAAUAUUUUGUGCAAUGGAGAGACAUUGAGAAAGGUGGGAUGUGGGGUUUGAAUUUCAUGUCUGAGAAUGACGCUUUUCAAUUUCUGGACAUUUGUUCUAUGCCACAAUAUCAACACAGCAAACUUGUUCAAACUCCAUCGAUGUGUUCACUGUAUGUGCCUGCUCCCGCACAAGCACAGGCCGCUACAGAUAAGUCUCAUCAGUUUCAUCAACGAGUUCGGCGACCAACGCCUGUACCCGAAGACAAUGCUAGACUGCAGAUAGAUCCCGAUGACAUCUUCAGUGUUAGUUCUGGAGCAUCACAAUCUGAUCCCACUGUUCCUAGAGACUUCCUUGCUGGUCUUGAUCCUCCUAAAUCUACAAGUUCUUCAAAAAUUGGAGCUAUUGUUGGUCAACAACUUGAUGCCGCCAUCUUUUCACAACUAGAGGAGUCAGCUGUUGAUAGUGACACAGAUGAUGACAAAAGUAAUGGAAACAAUGAAUACCACAGGGUGUCAUCGGAGCAAAAUAAUGUCGGUAAUGAGAUCCAAGCAGUGAUGGGAGCCAAAGUACACACCAGCUGUUCUGCAUUGAGGUCAAAUGUUGAUGCUGUUGAUAUGAACUGUGAAAAUGGGUGUCAGUAUGUUGAGUCAUAUUGUGAAGCUCAGCAUCCACCACCAGCUGUGUUUGUGACAGCAGACUGGAUUCCAGUACCACAGAGACCGGUUUUGACAAACAUUGCUAGGGAAGUAAAUGUAACACGUUUUAUGACCGAAAUUUUAUUACCAACAUACGUGAAUAUUAGAGUAGCCGAAGAGGCCUAUGUAAGCCACUCAUCAGGAAGCAGCCCUGCUGUGUAUAGACAGGAUGUAGAAAACAACUUGUCAUGGGCACGAGGUGCACAGGUGAAACAAGACUGGUCUGAUGGCCACAUGAGAAUGAAUGACAUGCGAGGUCAUGUGACAGACGACAGUUUAAUGAGCAAUGAACCAACUUUCAUUAGCCAAGUGCUUGAAAUGGGAGGACCUAAAGAUGCAACUGUCCAGUGGGUUGACGAUGGAAAAGCAAGAACAGAGUCUAGUGUAACAACAAUUACUGCAACAAGUAGCAUAGCUAGUGCUGCCACCAUGACUGCGAGUGAUCAGUCGAGACAGGAAACAGUUCCCGAAAUUUCAAAUCUUUCCGAUUCAGUACCCGGCGAUGUACCGAGUCUUCCUAACAUUAAUCAGAUGGUGCCUGCUGGUGUGCAACUGACUGAUGUAGACGACCAAUGUGAUGGUGGUGACUCUGAAGUGAGCAGUAUGAAAACUGCAGUGGAUGAGGAAGACUUGGAAAUGAUCAGUGAUACAGCUAGUAGUAAAAAUUCAUCAACUUAUCCAAGGCACGAAGAGCCACAUAUCCAUCAUCAAGCUCAAAUGUGUAGAACUGGAUGGCUCAAGAUGAAGACUGUGCUUGUGCAAAAGAAUGGGAAAGUAGCUGAAGCGGGCAAAAGGAAAUGGAAACAUUAUUGGGCAACUUUGAGUGGAACGAGUCUGCUGUUGUACCAAUGUGAUAACAUUGAACAGAUGACUGAGAACAUUCAACCAACAGCUCACAUAGAUGUGACUGACGGAAUGGCACAGUCAGUACACGAAUAUCUGAAGAAAGACUUUGUCUUCUGUCUAACUAUCAAUUCAGGGUAUGCAUUUUACGUGCAGGCAACGAAUGAAGCCGACAUGGAAAGCUGGAUUAGUGUAAUUCACUGUGUGUCUGCUGCUGCUGUUGUGAAGUGUCGUGAUCCUGUGGAGAUACACAGAACACUGAAAGCUCAGAUAGAGACUUUGGAUGAGACUAUUAAGUCUGAAUUACAGAUGAAGAAACUUGCUGAGCUGCAGCUGAGUACUGUUACUAAACAGGCGAUUAGAUCAACUAUUACCAAUCAGAUCAGGUCAUGGGUGGAGAAUGUUGAGAGACUCAAUAUGGAUUUGUAUCGCUUGAAGUGUUACAUGUCAGCCAUGCAAGGAACAGAGUUACCAAAUCCACAAGCUGCUUUAGCUAACAUGUCAAAAGCAACGAAGGCACUACUGGGUCGGUUACAGCGAGGAUUUACUGUGUCAUCUCUUCAUGCUGUGGUAUGUGCAAGACGUGCUUUGCAAAUUGGCAAGAAAACUUCAAAGGAUCCAACAACUCCAAAAACGUUUAGAUUAAAAGGACAGAAGAGUCAAUUUGUCAAACACUCGGAGCUGCUUGGUGCACAGAAAAUGAAUGUCAAUAGAAUGGUCUCGAAUGGCAAAGAGCCAUUAUCUGAAGAUCAGUCUCGAUCGUCAAGCCGAGCAGGGAGUAGGAGAGGGUCGUAUGACAUGGUCUCUUCCAGUGAAUCUGAUGUUCCUGUUGAUUUUUCUGCUAAUCAUUUUGCAUGGGGUUCUCAAUCAAAUCUUGUUCGUGUCAAACUACCAAACAAACAGUAUGCUGUUUUGUCACUUUCUGGUUUAACACCAAUGAAGAUUCUUGAAAAUAAGCAACAAGUAAACGUAGAAGAGCACUUUGUUAUUCUUCGAAGACGUGUUCAAGAUGGAUUUGAAACAGAAAUUCCAGAUGAUGAUUGCCUACUUGAAGAGCAGGUGUUUGAUGAACUUGAAGUUUUGCAGAAGGUCAUGCACACAGUGAGCAUGACUAAAGCACCUGAGAUAAUGUUUGGAUUUACUGCUGAGGCUGAAGUAUGGGAAUCAAGUGUAACAUCUAGCUAUGGGUCUAUUGUUAUUAGUCAAGUUGACUCCGGUGGCUUAGCAGAGCUUUAUGGAGUUCUUGAAGGAGAUGAGAUUUUGAUGAUUAAUGAGACUCUUGUGCAAGACGUUGGGUUGUCGGCUGCUCUUCAGUUGAUUGAAGAUGCUAACCGCAGUGUUUCAUUGUCUCUGAUGCUUCGGUCAAGACGUAUUGAUGCUCCUGCUGUUUCUACCACUGACAACAUCAUCAGUCAGUUGAUUUUACGAGCUCCACCAAGCCAAGUUGAGCUGACUGAUGAUACACUAAAAGGAUUGCUUGUUCCUAAACCAGAUGUACUUAAAGAGGAAAAACAGGAUGAAGUAGAACAAGUUUCAGUGUAUUCCGUUGUAGAGGAGGACACUGAGAAAUGUUCAGAGCAGUUUGGCAGCAAACCACCAGAGGAAUCUUUGUUCAGUGAUGAUGACUUCAGCCCACCAGAGUUAUCUCGAGAGCAGAUUGAUGUGCUACUGAAAAAUACUGAUGAACUGACAAGGUUUGUGCGUUCACUCCAUGCCUAUGGUAAGAGUGAUGUUCCACAUCAGAAGACAAUGACCAAGGAAGAAAAACUACAGAAAUGUGUUACUGAACUUGUCAGUACAGAGAGGACGUAUGUGAAGAACCUGAACAUUCUUCUUCAUCGAUAUCUUCAUCCCAUGAAGUCAGAGUCAUUUCUAAAGAAAGAAGAUCUGAGUGCUUUGUUUGGCAAUUUAGAAGAAAUCAUUCCUUUCCAGUUGGAGUUUCUUGCAUCACUUGAAGAGUCUACAGAAAUGAGCAUAAUGAGUUCAGCGUCAGCUGCAUCAGUUAGGAAUGCAGCUUUUUCUGUUGCUGGAACAUUUCUAUACUAUGCCGAGCAUUUUAAGCUAUACAGUGCUUUCUGUGCCAGCCACACUCGAGCUCAUGAAGUUUUACAUCGUAAUGAUCCUCAACUACAAGCAUUUCUGUCUGCUCGCAAUCCAAAAAGAGAAUUAUCAUCAUCACUUGAUUCUCUUCUCAUUCUUCCUAUUCAGCGGGUUCUGAGGUACCCACUUUUUCUCAAAGAAAUGCUUAAAUUGACAACUGAAAAGAGUAGUGAACAGGAACUGUUGAGUGAUGCUAUUGCCAGUAUUGAAACUGUUGCUAAUUUUAUCAAUGAAGUUCAACGAGUGUACGAUUGCUAUCACAUACUGUUUGAGAUGUUACUGAAGGAUGCCCACUUCAAAGAGCCGGGUGUUCAUGUCACUAUUGAUGAGUUGGUGCACCAGUGCUUGGUAAUGUGGCUUAAUCCAAUUGAAGACAUGCAAAAAGGAUGGAAAAAGGGAAUGGGACCAGAAAUGAGCUGCUUUGUGUUUCAAACCGUAAUCAUUCUCUUGGCUGCAGACAAGGACAGAAAAGGAAAGAAGAAAGACAUGGUGUUUUCUUCUUCUCUAGAAGAUUUUCGCUAUAGGAAACUACUACUUACGUCACAUGCUAGUUUAGAAGAUCUUACAGAUUCUGAUGGUGUCACAAACAUGUGGAAGUUGGUGCACAGGGAACCUGGUACACAAACACAUGCAUCCUUUUUCUUUAGAAGCAGUUCACGUGAAGACAAGGAUGCAGUCGUGGAGAGUAUUACUAGAGUUGUGUUUGACCGGAAGGCCACCAUUCAGAAAAUGGUUUCAGCAAUAACGCCUGGACGACGAAAACGCUUGAGCUCAUCAAGCUUUUCUACACCAUCUUCCAUGUCAACUAGCCUAAGGAUGCCAGUCAUCAAACAACCAUCAUCAGAUGGUGAUGAUAUAUCUAUAUCGAGUGUGACCAGUUGGUCAUCAUCAGCAAGGACACCUGUUAAUCCAUUACGACAGUUUCAACCAGCUACUGAAGUGUUGACUGAAGAAUAUGAAAGUUACACUGAUUGCUAAAAG